AUGCUUUGGCAGCUGCUCGUCCUUGCAGCGCUUCCCCACCAUGUGGAUGCGAUAACGUUCAAGACGGCCGCAAGGGCUCCAGUGCAGAAGGUCCGGGAGCUCUUGCAGGCCAUGAGACAAGAGAUGGCCGAGGAUGCCGAGCGUGACGAAGCCGUACAUGAGAAGCAGGCCUGCUGGUGCAACUCGAACAUCUAUGCCAAGCAGUCUGCAGUUUCGACCAACCAAAACCAAAUUGCAGCCCUGACCAGCAGCAACAACAGGCUCACAGCAGACGCUUCCCGCUGGACAUCGGAGUCUGAGCAGAUGACGAAGGACAUAGCAGAUGCCGAGGCGGCAAUGGUAUCCGCAAAAGAGCUGCGCCAGGGCCAGCAGCAGGCCUUUGAAAAGGAAGAGGCCCGCCUUGUGGGCCUUGUCAGUGAGAUCGACGAGGCUUUCAAGCAGGUCGAAUCGAACAAUGAAGCGGCAGGAAGCUUGUUAGCAAAAUACCAGAAGGCUUUCCGCACCAAGAUGGACACGGAUGCGGGGCCUUCCCCCCACUUGAAGAACUUCCUGAACAUGAACCUUUCAACUGGCAGAUCUUUUUUGCAGCGUGAGCGUGAGCCCCUGAGGGCCGAGGGCGUUGAAACCGUCCUGAACGGCAUCAAAAACGACACCACCGCUACUUUGACCGCAGCGCGCGGUCAGGAGACUCGACGUAUCCAGUCCCAUACAAAGCUGCUACAAGACAAGGCGACCCAGGUCAAGGCGCUAGAGCAGCAAAAGCAAGACAGGCGCACAGCAAUGGCCGACGCUGCUGAGACCAAAGCGAGCAACAAGGACAUCAUUGCCAAUCUCGAAGUCCAGAUUGCGGAAGAUUCCGAGUUUCUUGCUGAUGUGAAGUCAAGAUGCCAGGCGAUGGAUCAGGAGUGGGCGCAGCGUCAAACGACGCGAGGAGAGGAAGUGGCAGCGAUCGCCAAAGCAUUGGAGAUACUCAAAGAAGAGGCUGUCAAAGAAGCCUUGUUACAGGAGCCAGCAAACAAGCAAACCGCAAGUUUCUGGGGUCACUUCAACGCCGGCUCCUUCCUGCAGGAACAGGCUGUGUCCUACGAGCGCAGGAAGCUUUCCGAUGCUCUAUUGAAGGUUGGUCAGCGGCAUGACCUUCGUCUUGUCACGCUGGCCUUCCGAGCCAAGAUCGAUAAUUUUGCGACGGUCAAGAAGGCCAUCCAAAACAUGACAAUAGCGCUGGAGAAGGAGCAGCAGAACGAGGUCAAGCAUCGUAAAUAUUGUGCCGAUCAGCUGGACGAUAAUGAGGUCGACGCAAAGGAGAAAAAUGGUACAAAGCAGCAGCAGAGCGCUGAUGAGAUGCGGUUGCAGGCCGAGAUCAAGGCCACCGCUAAUGAGGCAGCCAUUCUGCAGAGUGAGGUAGACGAGUUGCUUGCUCAAGCCCAACUGGCGAGCCAAAAUCGGGAGAAGGAGAAUGGGGAGUUUCAAUCUCUGAUUCUCGAGCAGAACGAGAAGAAGAGAGCGCUCGAGCAGGCACUGGCAGUUCUCAAGGAUACAUACUCUUCAGAGGGCGCAUCCUUGCUGCAGCUGGACCAGUCGGAAUCACCUGCAGGCUUCGGCGCCUAUGAGCGUGCAUCCGGAGGCAAAGGUGUUCUGAAGACGAUCCAAGAGGUGAUCGCGGACACGGAGGCGCUGUCCACCGAAGCUGCCCAAGCAGAAGCUGCUGCUCAGCAGAACUACGAGGCAUUUGAAGCUGAAACCGCAGAUGCCGUGAAGCUCAAGCGGGAAGGUAUUCAGAAGCUGAAUGACAAGCACGCGAAGAAGGAGGUGCAGUUGGCGGAGACCGCCGAAGCAAAGCGCUUGACCGUGGUGGAGAUUGCGCAGCUGCUGGAAGCGAAGGAGCAGCUCCAUGAAAGCUGCGACUUUCUGCUCAGCCAAUUCGAGGUAAGCCAAAAGGCACGGGCUGAGGAGCUCCAGGCCCUGGAGCGAGCGCGGGACGUUUUGUCUGGCGCCCUCCGAAAGGGCUGA